AUGUACUCCAACCCGUCACGCAGUACUUGUCAACUUUUAUCUACCGUCGAGGAUUUCGGGCUCAAGAGCAGGAUUCAUCGUGCUCCGUACUACUCCAAUGAGAAAGAUGCGUCGUCUAGACCGCGUGGGCAUGCUGCUCUCGUAUAUAACCUCAAAGGUGGUGAGGGAAUCGCUCUUCUCGAUGAUUAA